AUGGGCCAGUCAUCAGUUUGGCUACUUCAUCUCAUCAAAUACUUCGGCAUGCCUAAGCACCGAGAAUAUGGACUGUGGAGAUGGCAAAACAGCACAAAAGCUAAUGCAGUGGGCUUCAACGCUGGCACCAGAGCACAUUCCAAGGGCUCGAAGAAGAAGAAGAAGAAGACGGCUUCCAAGCUAGCUAGCUGUGCUUCCUUGCCAGCACAAGGAGAAAGAGAGAUCAAUCCAAGUCCAGAUGGAUUUGCACUUGCAGUGCCAGUAGAGGGAGGAGGAGAAGAGGAGGAAGAGGAGGCGCUAAGUCUGCCACAAGGGCAGUCCCACUUGUCAGUAGAGUGA